AUGGGCGACGCUUCUUCACCCAUCACCCCAGCGUUCAUGGCGCUGUCCCGCGCUCGUAUCCAGGCGAUGCACAAGAAGCGGUACGAAAAGGCCAUGAUGGACCGCGAUUCCAAUCCCCAGGCGCAGCAAGGCAACCGCAAGGCGGCUCAUGAGCCAUGUGGGUGCGUCGAGUAUGCACGCAGCGCCAUCCACCAGCUCCUCCCCGCCCUAGACGAGAGGCAGAAGUUUGAGCUGGACGAGUGGAAGUCGUCCAAAACAGCGUGGAACCGCUCGCCAGUGCCAGUCCAAGGCAAACCGUCAUGGGAUACCGUGCGCACCAUUUACACCAAGGACUCGGACGACGCCGCAGACAGGGCCAUGGUGGACGGCUUUGUCAAGGUCCUCCGGUCGAGCCCAAAGCCGCCGGGCUGUCUCGUCCUCGACUCGCAGUUCGCCGUCAACAUCUUCAAGGUCUGCACCUGUCACAACGGCAAGGGCAAGUGCCGCAACAACCAGCUUCUCGAAGACGCUCUCACAGAGGCCGGGUACAAGGAUGGUACGUGGGGGGCGCAAGUGAUUGACCGAACCCAAACCAGGCUGUACCAUUACUCUCGCGUCAUCUUUCCCGUCAAGGCCAACGGCGGCUGGCUGGUUGUAUUCCUCGACGCACGCGCUGUGUGUGUUCGCAUCUAUGACCCCACUGGUGUGCUGCUCCUUGACCCCGAGUGGACCGCAGCUAUGGUGCUCAAUGAGGAGCACCAGCACCCUCCCGUGAAUCGCAAGCCUGAUGAGCAGCGGGCAAUGUUUACCUACGGUUGCUGCGCGGCCAUGGAGGUGUUCAUCAUGGCCAAUGCCGUGUGCCGGAUUGAGACCCUGGUCGACAAGCUCACCUGCGCCGUCACCGCUGGCAACAGCAAGCAUUCGCUCGACUCGGCACUCGACCUUCUCAAGGACCACGAUCACGACCACGACGACCCCAAGGUCUCCACAGGUCCCAAGAUCCGGGCCAAGAGCAAGAACCUCAAGGCGCGCAUCGCCGCGGCCAACGCUCGGUCCAAGCCACCCAAGGCCGAGACGGUCGACCUCAAGACCUUCCAGGCCGUCAUGAACGGUGCAGCUCCCAAGGCCAAGUCCAAGAAGAAGAACAAGAACGACAAGCGCAACCCGAUCGAAAAGUAUCUCCUGGACCGUGUCGCCUGGAGCCUUGCGUCCGGUAUCCUCUCGUCGAUCGAGCUCUAUGGCGGUCUGCCUCCCCCGACAAUGGACGACCUGCGUACCUACCGCGAGGCCAUGAUGGGCAUGGGUCUUCCGGACCCGUUCACCCUCACCGAGGACGACUGGUCCGAGGGGUCGGGGUCUGAGGGGGAGGAGGACAUGGCAAGCUCGAGUAGCAGCGGCGGGGGCCCGAGCAGCAGCGCCAGAGGUCCGAGCAGCAGUGCCGGUGCAUCGAGCAGCAGCGCUGGCCCCUCUGGCGGUAUCAGCAGCAAGGGCAAGGGCAAACAGAAGGCGUGA